CCAGCGGCCAAAGCCCGCCAGGGCAGCGCCCUGGGCCUGGUGGCCUCUUGCGGGCUUUGCCUGGGAGAUGUUGCGCCGCACAGAGCUUUCCGGGAAGAGUGCGGACUCUGCGGAGAUGCGGUCCGGGGCCCUGGGCCACUGCAGGCACUUCUUUUGGCUGGGCGUCGCCUUCGACGCGGUGGGUGUGGCAGUGCUGUUCACUGGCGUCUUCGCCAACCUACUUUUCUACGACAUGCUGCUCUAUCUGGGUUCCAUCAUCAUCUUUGUCAGUCUCUUGUGGUGGAUCUUCUGGUACACCGGUAACAUCCAGGCGCUCCCGGAAGACUCCUUGAGGAGGACUUCGCCUCGCGCGGGAGAGGUCGGGAUGCACCGCAGCGGCAGCCGCCGCUUCUCACUGACCAUCAGGAGCGUCUCCAACACCUUCCAGCGGAUCCGUCGCCGGCGGCGGCGGCGGCUCCUCCCGAGGGUCCUCCAGAUGAUGAGUAGCCUCAACUCGACCGACCCGGGGCAGGUGGAAGGGAACAGAGAUGCCGGGACCGGAGGUGGCAGAACUUCGUUCCAUCCAGCGAAGCCUGUGUCCAUUCUAAACAAGCUACAGCUUUGCUCAAUCCAGGCCUCUAAGAGCCUGCCCCUGGUCCCUUUGCAACAUCCUCUCUCCAUUUCUACUUCUAGGAGUCAGCCUGUCUUUUCGGUGACCUCGCAGUGCUACCCUCUGGUGUCUGGAGCUUCUGGCAGCUACUCCCAGAUAGCUUUGUCCUCUGACAGCCAGGUGCCUGUGGAUCUUGACCCUCAAGGGCGCUCUAAGAUCAGUGUGGCCUCUCGGAUCUACCCUGUGCAACGGGUAGACAGUCAGAGCCACCUCCUGGUGCCCGUGCCCUCUGAAUGUUUCCCUGUGGUACCCGUGACCUCUCAGAGCCAAGUUCAGAACUCUGUGUCCUAUGACAGCAGUAUGCCUUGUGGACCUGACCCUCAGGGGCGCUCUAAGAUCAGUGUGGCCUCUCGGAUCUACCCUGUGCAACGGGUAGACAGUCAGAGCCACCUCCUGGUGCCCGUGCCCUCUGAAUGUUUCCCUGUGGUACCCGUGACCUCUCAGAGCCAAGUUCAGAACUCUGUGUCCUAUGACAGCAGUAUGCCUGUGGACCUUGACCCUCAGGGGCGCUCUAAGAUCAGUGUGGCCUCUCGGAUCUACCCUGUGCAACGGGUAGACAGUCAGAGCCACCUCCUGGUGCCCGUGCCCUCUGAAAGUUUCCCUGUGGUACCCGUGACCUCUCAGAGCCAAGUUCAGGACUCUGUGUCCUAUGACAGCAGUAUGCCUGUGGACCUUGACCCUCAGGGGCGCUCUAAGAUCAGUGUGGCCUCUCGGAUCUACCCUGUGCAACGGGUAGACAGUCAGAGCCACCUCCUGCUGCCCAUGCCCUCUGAAAGUUUCCCUGUGGUACCCAUGACCUCUCAAAGCCAAAACCCGGGCUCUGUAGUCAAAGAAGGCCAGCUCCAGAAUCUUCCUUCUGCCUCUCAAACUCAGCCUGAGACUGGUAAAGCUUCUGAGAGCCAUACUUUGGGCAUGGAGGUACCUGUGGUGCCACUUGGAUUUGCCCAGACUUCUCAAAGUCGUUCUUCACGUGUCCAGGAGGUUCCUAAGAACUCAAGUGCUAAAGCUUCUGAGACUCUCCCAGCUAUCAGCCAGAAACUAGCUGAGGAACAACUUGACCCUUCAUUGCCUGUCUCUGAGGUCACACAUUCAGACAGGCAGUGUGACCCUACUGGCAACCUUCCAGCCACCAGGGGAGUGAGAAAAAGUCACCCUUUCUAA